UGAGCCUGUGCGGAGUGCGCAUAGACCACGGGCUCCCAGUAGUAGCGCUAUACAGCGACCUAGAGGAAGAGGAUAGUUGCGUUCUACUGCUAGUCUGCAUUCACUUGACAGUACAUUUACAGUGCUUAAACACAGGCUAUUAGAAACACGGGAUCUUGUGCUGCGGGUUCUCAAUGAGAAAUAACCAUUUGGUCAGGGACUGGGACUUUGUGUAUGGGACUUUGUGGGUUGUUAAUACACAAUAGACGUGGUUAAGCUUUGAGGAGGUACGGUGGAGAGACAUCGCUGAAGAUUUGCAAGGUGUCCGGCAUGUGCGUCUUAAGGAACUAGAAACUAGACGGCAACUCUGCAUGAGAGGAAUCGCUUGUCUUUACUCCAGUACACGUUUAUAUUUUCCAAUAGUUUGUGUUAUUAUUUUGUAUUGAAACGUGAAUAUUGGAAAAAUAGACAUGACCGUUACAAGUUAACUCGUGGGACAAACUGCUGGAAUAACAGAAGAUCGCGAGUUACUAAUUUGGUACUGACGGCUGAGGAUAUGAAUAUAUCCCGGGCUCGAACAAGCUUGCUACAAUGAAUCAUCUCAGUUAUUGGACAUCAGAACUGGCUUUUGUCAGUGACUAGGACCUCCACAAAACCCAAACUGUUGAAAAACGAACAUUUGCUGCAGUUUGGAUAUCAUUUUCCUGCUAAAUCCAAGGAUUUGCGCGCGAGCAGUGGAUGUUUAAUAUGCUAGAAUGGGUCCGCUAGCGUUCAUCCUUGUUUGCGGAUUAUUGUACUUUCAAGUUGAUGGAUCCCGUCUGCGUCAGGAAGACUCUCCGCCCCGGAUCGUGGAACAUCCCUCCGACCUGAUCGUGUCCAAGGGGGAGCCGGCCACCCUCAACUGCAAGGCGGAGGGCCGCCCCGCUCCCACCGUGGAGUGGUACAAGGAUGGCGAGCGGGUGGAGACGGACAAGGAUGACCCGCGGUCUCAUCGCAUGCUCCUUCCCAGCGGCUCCCUCUUCUUCCUGCGCAUCGUCCACGGACGACGUUCCAAACCGGACGAGGGCUCGUACGUCUGCGUUGCCCGCAACUACCUGGGAGAAGCCAUCAGCCGCAACGCCUCCCUGGAAGUAGCAUUGCUGCGCGAUGACUUCAGGCAGAAUCCUACCGACGUGGUUGUGGCGGCAGGAGAACCGGCCAUCCUGGAGUGCGUCCCCCCCAGGGGUCAUCCCGAACCCACCAUUUUCUGGAAGAAGGACAAAGUGCGCAUCGACGACAAGGAGGACCGCGUUACCAUCCGAGGAGGGAAGCUGAUGAUCUCCAGCACCAGGAAGAGUGACGCUGGCAUGUAUAUCUGUGUCGGCACCAACAUGGUGGGAGAGAGAGACAGCGAGACAGCCCAGCUCACAGUGUUUGAGCGACCCACGUUCCUUCGUCGGCCCAUCAACCAGGUGGUCCUUGAGGAGGAGGGGGUGGAGUUCAGAUGCCAAGUGCAGGGAGAUCCCCAGCCCAACGUACGCUGGAGGAAGGACGACAUCGACGUGCCCCGGGGAAGGUACGAGGUGAAGUACGACAAGGACGACUACCUGCUGAGGGUGAAGAAGGCGUCGGCCAGCGACGAGGGCACCUUCACCUGCGUGGCGGAGAACCGCGUGGGCAAGGUGGAGGCCUCGGCCAGUCUCACCGUCAGAGCCCGCCCUGUAGCCGCGCCGCAGUUUGUUAUCCGGCCACGGGACCAAAUCGUUGCCCAGGGUCGUACUGCCACCUUCCCCUGCGAGACCAAGGGCAACCCCCAGCCUGCCGUCUUCUGGCAAAAAGAGGGCAGCCAGAACCUCCUGUUCCCCAACCAGCCACAGCAGCCCAACAGCCGCUUCUCGGUGUCAUCUGGUGGAGACCUGACCAUCGCGGCGGUGACGCGGGCGGACGCAGGCUACUACAUCUGCCAGGCCCUGACCGUGGCGGGAAGCAUCCUGGCCAAGGCUCAGCUGGAGGUGACAGACGUGCUGACAGACAGGCCGCCACCCAUCAUCCGGCAGGGUCCGUCCAAUCAGACGCGCGGGGUGGACAGUGUGGCUCUUCUGAAGUGCCAGGCGUCGGGAGACCCCAUCCCCUCCAUCAGCUGGCUAAAGGACGGCGUCAGCCUGCUGGGGAAGGAUCCACGCAUGUCCCUGCAGGAGCUGGGCAGCCUCCAGAUCAGGAGUGUCAGGCUCUCUGAUUCGGGGAUCUACACCUGUGUGGCAGCAAGCUCCAGCGGAGAGACAUCGUGGAGUGCCUUCCUGGAAGUCAAAGAGCAAGCCGGGGUGAUGGUCAUCAAGAACCGUGACGACAACGAGCUCCCGGGACCCCCCUCCAAACCCCAGGUCACCGACGUCACCAAGAGCAGUGUCUCAUUGUCCUGGCAACCUGGCCUGGCCGGGGCCACGCCCAUCUCCUCUUUCGUCAUUGAAGCUUUCAGCCAAUCGGUGAGCAACAGCUGGCAGACGGUGGCCGACCAUGUGAAGACCACGCAGUACACGGUCAAGGGCCUGCGCCCCAACACCAUCUACCUGUUCAUGGUGCGGGCAGUGAACACCCAGGGCCUCAGUGACCCCAGCCCCAUGUCGGAGCCUGUCCGAACUCAAGACAUCAGUCCCCCUGCCCAGGGGGUGGACCAUAGACAUGUCCAGAAGGAGCUGGGAGAUGUCAUAGUUCGUCUACACAACCCAGUUGUCUUGGGCCCCACCUCCAUUCAGGUCACCUGGACGGUGGACCGUCAGUCCCAGUUCAUCCAGGGCUACCGGGUCCUGUACAGACAAACAUCCGGGCUGUCCUCCCCGGGACCCUGGCAGACCCACGACGUGAAGGUCCCUUCAGAGCGUGCCGUGGUCCUGUCCAACCUCAAGAAAGGCAUUGUCUACGAGAUCAAGGUCCGACCCUACUUCAAUGAGUUCCAGGGUAUGGACAGUGAGUCCAGGACAGCCCGCACCACUGAGGAAGCUCCGAGUGCCCCUCCCCAGCAGGUGACGGUCCUGACUGUGGGCAACCAGAACAGCACCUCCAUAAGCAUCUCGUGGGACCCCCCUCCUUCAGACCACCAGAACGGCAUCAUCCAGGAGUACAAGAUCUGGUGCCUGGGGAACGAGACACGUUUCCACGUGAAUAAGACGGUGGAUGCGGCCAUCCGUUCGGUUGUGGUGGGGGGGCUUCAGGUUGGGGUUGUGUACCGGGUGGAGGUAGCAGCCAGCACCAGCGCAGGGGUCGGAGUCAAGAGUGACCCUCAGCCCAUCAUCAUUGGUAAGGACAUCCGAGAAGUGAUCAUGAGCGGCAACAGGAACAACAGCAUCACGGAGCAGAUCACGGACGUGGUGAAGCAGCCAGCCUUCAUCGCGGGCAUCGGAGGAGCGUGCUGGGUCAUCCUCAUGGGCUUCAGCAUCUGGCUGUACUGGAGGAGGAAGAAGAGAAAGGGCCUCAGUAACUAUGCAGUUCAGUCCUUCACCUUCACCCCUGCAGUGACGUUCCAGCGAGUUGACGGCGGCCUGAUGAGCAAUGGGAGCCGCCCAGGUCUUCUGAACGCUGGUGAUCCGGGCUACCCCUGGCUGGCUGACUCAUGGCCUGCCACCAGCCUCCCUGUCAACGGCAGCUCCGGGGGACCCAACGACCUCAGCAACUUCGGCCGGGGGGAUAACAGUGCUAACGGGGACAAGUCAGGGACCAUGCUGUCGGACGGAGCCAUCUACAGCAGCAUAGACUUCACCACCAAGGCCAACUACAACAGCCCCAGCCAGGGCUCCCAGGGGGCAACGCCCUACGCCACCACCCAGAUCCUCCACUCCAGCAGCAUCCACGAGCUGGCUGUGGAGCUCCCCGAGGCCCAGUGGAAAGCCUCCAUCCAGGCCAAGCAGGAGAUGACCAGCCUGGGAUACUCCCUGCCUGACAAGAAUUCCUGCAACAACACACUCCUUUACAUUCCUGACUACCGAUUGGCCGAGGGAUUGUCUAAUAGAAUGCCACACAACCAAUCACAAGAUUUCAGCACCACAAGCUCUCACAACAGCUCAGAGCGAAGCGGCAGCCUAUCAGGUGGUAAGGGGGGAAAGAAGAAGAAGUCAAAGGCUGGAGCCAAGCCCACAAAGGCCAACGGCUCCAACUGGGCCAAUGUGCCCUUGCCCCCUCCACCGAUACACCCUCUUCCUGGCACUGAGAUGGACCAUUACCCCAACGAGCACCAUGAAGGAGGAGGGUAUGAGUGUGACGGAUGGGGCCCCCCCAUGCCCGUGCAGACCUACCUCCACCAGGGAAUGGAGGACGAGCUGGAGGAGGAGGGGGAGGAGAGGGUCCCUACGCCGCCAAUACGCGGGGUGGCCUCGUCCCCGGCUGCGGUCUCUUUCGGCCAGCAGUCCACGGCCACCCUCACGCCCUCUCCGCGGGAGGAGCUCCAGCCCAUGCUCCAGGCCCACCUGGAUGAGCUGACCCGAGCCUACCAACUGGAUGUGGCCAAACAGACGUGGCACAUGCAGGGCGGUCCCCACCCUCCCCUCCCUCCCCUGGCCCCUGCCCCUCCGGUGGGGUACGUGUCCAGCACCCUGGUGUCUGACAUGGAGACCGACAUCCCAGAUGAGGAUGAGGAGGAUGAGGAAGAAGAGGAUGAUGAAGGCUACGAGAUGUCCAGACCCCUGCGCGGUAUGGAGCACACGCCUGGCUCCAGCAUGGAUAACCUAGACAGCUCCAUAACAGGGUCAAUGGUGAACAGCUGGGGUUCGGCCUCCGAGGAGGACGACCGUCGUUACUCCAGCCACCGGUCCAGUGUGGGCAGCUCCUCGGACGGCUCCCUCUACACCCACUGUAGCUUCGCCCAGGCCCUCGUGGCAGCCGCUGACAAGGCCGGCUAUCGCCUGGAGGGCACCAGCUUGGCCAAGAGAGGUAAAGGCCUGUCCCAUCGGCCCCGGCCCAGCAGUCCCUUCUCUACGGACGGCAGCACGGUGGGCACGCACAGCCUGGGUCACCAGAGAGCCUUGCGGCCCGCCCGCAAGCCCCGGGGUCAGGGCACGACGCCCAACAGGAGAGACGCCAGUGCCGAUGACCUACCUCCUCCGCCGGAGCCUCCGCCUGCCGUAGGAGCGGGGCGGGUCCAAGGGCCCCGUAGCAUAGGCAGCGCAGGCCCCCCAGCCGAGAGAAAGGCCUCGUCACUGGAGCGCCAGCCCAUGUGCGGCGCCAUUCCGCUGUCCGGGCUGGAGGAGGUCCGGAGCUCCAUGGACAGGCAGACCCGUACCUCCCUGGAGCGUCACCGCCAGGCACAAGACCGAUUGGGCUCCAUGGAGCGGGGGGACGACCCACGCAGGGGACAGAAAACAGAAGAGGGGUGCCUGCCCCCCUACAGUAAACCUUCGUUCCCUUCCCCGGGGGGCCACAGCUCUUCCGGGACGGCGUCCUCCAAGGGAUCCACGGGGCCACGCAAGGCGGAGGGACCUCGAGGUUCACACCAACGUACCGCCACGGACCACAGCGAGUUCCUAGGGACCAACGGACAGAGCCAGUACUCGGGAGAGUUAUAGUGACCCUACCGAGCGGCCCGCGGUUGGGCCAGGACCGGAGAAAGCCUUGUCAUCCUCUUCAGAAUGAAGCCUCACUUGUUGACGCGACAAACAUUGUCCUUCUUGGUGUUUUAUCAGAGAGGAGCGGAGAGCAGAAUGAAGAUGACAACGACAAACGACACCAUUAGAGAAACUGUACAUGUGACGUAUAGACGCGUGGCAUACCGGACUGUACAUCUCACUACCUUUUUGUCCUCAAGAAAAAAAUAUUUCCCACCUCCCACCUUAAUUUUUUUCGUCAGAAAAAAAGCGAGUAAACAAAAAAAUUUAAACGUCUUUACGAGAACUCAUUUUCGUAGUAACCGUCUUUGGGGGGGAAAAGGGAAUUUAGUUUCCUGUAAAUAGAUUGAUUUACAUUGUUGUUGCAUUGCUAUGCAAGCCUACUUCAGUUUUAGCCUUUUACUUUCUGUACUGUUGGUUACAUCUGGUUAUUUGUAUUAUAUGUGAAUUGAUAGGCGGUUGUGCCAUAAAAUAAUUGUUUUAUAAUCCAUCGUUUGUUAAUUACUAUAAUUAUGAUCAUUAUUAAUUAUUGUUUUUGGGGGGGGUUUUUGCACUGCAAUUUUUGGUGAUAAGCACAAAAACACAGCUCCUGCUGACAUGAAGAACCGGAAGAAUAUAUGUGAAGAGGAGUUUCCGUACUGUAAAGUAGAGAUGAGAGAAUAUAUGCUAAUAUAAAAGAAAGAUUUUAAAGUAAAGGGGUGCUUACGGACAGCAACGACAUGGAUACACUUUUCAGAGGUUAGGACAAACCGGAAGCCAGGUGGGGUUUGUCGGUGUCUUCAAGGUACGAGGAAGGGAACUGGGAGGGUCGUGUGAAGAGGGUGGGAGGAUGGCCCGGCUCACUGCUAACAAUGCAGCGUCACUGGGAUUGCCAAGAACCUGGAUCACCUGGUCCUAUUGGAAUGUUUAUUGUCUCGGGGGUCUGAAAUUGACACCAUGGGGCUGGCCGUUGGGAGUAUGUUCGCAGGCAUUGUCUCGUUUUCCGUUCAUAACACAGUCACUUUACGGCGUCUCCGUACCAACGUCUGGACAUACUUUUCUCUUUGAUUUUAUCUUCAUCCCUCAUUGAAUUGUAGAGUUUUUGUUUUAAUCUGAAAAUCAUGUGUAAUCCCUUUAGCAAAAUGUAAUUACAGUAGAUAACACGCAGUAAAUGUCUACCAGGGAGAUAGGAAUGGGAGCUCAACAAGCUCUAAACCAAUACCAUCUAGUCACUUAAGCCAUACCACUUGGAAUGCAUUGAGGAGCUAUGCUUCCAUUGGUCUGAUGUAUAAUCAAACACUGACAAGGGAGCGUUUUGAUCAUUCCAUUGGUGAACUCUCCUAGAGCAGGUCAAAACCAGUCACUGAAAGACAUUACACAAAUAUUGAUGCUUAGUAAGGGUUACUCACCAUUGCCAGGAAAGAAGCUUAAGGAUACAUUUUUCUUUGCUUAUUUUAGACCAGUUAAUGUACUCGAAAUACAUGACAUCACCCAGAAAACAACACAAUGGCUUUCUUUAACCUCCACUGUUGUCUGUAGCUGUUUCAGUCAGAACAGUCUCUUCCCUGAAGUAUGCCUCCCCAGUUACUGAUGGUCCUCUUUUCAUUAGGUGGCAACUGGCAUACACUCAAAUAGUAAAGAGAACCCGUUAGGACUCAAACCCCUAGAAUGCACCAGACAGUAGAGAGGAGCCACCUAGCAGCAAAUCCCACUGCCUCUGUCUCUAAAGUUUCUAGAGCGGACUGAUACUUUCUAUCUGCCUAACAAAAACACAACACUCUUCUUCCCGCAUGAACUAUUCAGCCUCAGAUGUUCAAUUUGUGUCUUUUAGAAAACUUUCUUAUCAUUUCUAGAGCCUGUUAAUUUGGGUUGACUCAGAAAACCCUGCUUAAUGAUGUUUUUCAACAUUAACGUUGGGGAGCUUAGCGGUUGGAUUAACUGUGUACUGGCUAUUUUGAUAAAGGAGAGUUGGAAACUAAAUUGGAGGCUUUGUCAGAUAUGCUGUUGUACUAUCGUGUAUAUGUCAUUUCAUAUCAUCCACUUAGUGGCCAGUGGCCCGUGUUCUGGAAAUGAGGUGCAAAGAGUAUCUCAGGUUAUUUUACAUUCUGGCGGUGUUUAUGUAUGUGUGUAUAUAUGUGUAUAUAUUCAUGUGCAUCUCCACUUGAUAAAUUCAUUCCAGUUUCAAUCCUGUAUACAGUGGAUAUAAAAAGUCUACACACCCCUGUUAAAAUGCCAGGUUUUUGUGAUGUAAAAG